UCUGAGCGUAGACAUUCGAUCGGUUCCAAAGUUUCCUGAUCCUGAAACUUUUUUCCGAUUUGUUUCCUUGCUCCGGUGCUUUUAGAUUCCUGUACGUUUGAGUAUGCAAAGAGAGAGCGAGCACAUGGUGAUCAAGUGACCAUGUCGGGCUCUCGGACGAGAUAAUGGAGGAGUUGUUUUGAAGGGGCGGACUGCCUGAGGGGUCACAAUCAGAAUCGGGUUUGGACGAGUACGUUUACACCUCUAAGGAAUGUGGGGUAAAUCAGUAAAAAGUUAUAAAACAGCAGCACUACUACUGUCAAGAAACUUAAAGCUCCUGUGAGGAACUUUCUAUUAACGUUGACUUUGGCGCCCCCUGUGGACAAACCUCUAAUCUCUGCUGAGUUUGUCCUGAAGUAGUACCAGGAUGGGACAGAACCAGGACAAACUGGGCGAGGGAGAACCGGCUCAGAGUGAAGGACUGGAGGAGGCAAGGCCAAGCCCGGAGUCUGGAGAUGCAGGCAGUCAUACAGGUGAUGUCAUGGAAGGAGGAAGCUCCUGUGAGGUGGAGGAGGAAGAGGAGGAGGAGGAGGAGGCUGGUAGCAACAGGAAAAAUUCAGGAGAGCCAGACGCUCAGGAUCUGGAAGGGAGCCCCGGCCAGGAGCCAACAACACCUUCUAGUGAGAAGCACAUAAAUCCGCUGGUUAGUCCUUUCGCUGCAAGGGAGGUGAGACAGGGAGGGGCAGCAGGAAAGGAGGAAGGAGGAGGAGGAGGAGGAGGCAGGACCGUGCCACUGGUUCCACAGGAGACGCACAAGAACCUAGAGAGCAGUGAGAGGACCGAGGAGAGAGCCAACACGCACAAGCCCUUCAACAGAGUGAAGAGAGAGAAGAAGAAGAAAGAGGAGGAGCCUCAGAAGUCCUCAGAAGUCACGAUGGAGAAUCACGAAGGAGGAACCAUCGCACAUGAGGAGGAGCGAGGUGAAAACUUCUCAGCCGGUGUUUCAGAGGAAAGGUACGGCAACACUGCAAAGGUGAAGAUGGGCAGAUUUGGAGCUCAUGCAGGAAGUGAUCUGUUACCGUCGGUUCAUCGUCAUGAGAAGGACGCCAUGAUGGAUGAAGAUAUCAAACUCUGUGCACGAACAGUGGGCCUCUUGAGUGAGAGGAAGGAACCGCCUUCAGCUCAAUCCCAACAUCCUUUGGAAAACAGCGUGCAGAAAGAGUCUUUAUUAGACAUGAGUGAUACCAUUCACUGUGGAGCUCCAACAGGGAAAACAGAGGAUAAUACAAAAGAGGAAACGGCAAUGUGUGAGGUGGAGCCAAGUUUGAAUGACUCCUCUUCGACUGAAGCAAAGAUCACUGGGGAUCAAAGGGAGUCUGCGAGGCCUUAUGUGGUGAAUUACACAAUUGAAGACAGCACAAAUCAAAUGAUUGAAUCAUCAAAUCCAGAAGUGCCCGCUGAACCCGGCUCUAUUUUGGAGAAGCUGCUGAAGAGAAACAGAAAGGAGGUAAUCCCGGAUCUCUCAGAGAUGAAAGAGGUUGAUGUAACGGACAAGAAGAAUAUGAAUGAGGCUGCAAGGCAUUACAUUUACAGCGCAGCCACAGAGCCCUCCUCAGAUCAAAUCUACAAGUCAGAUGUAGGCACACGUUCGUCAGCAGGUGACAUGGAAAGCCUCGCGGAAAAAGAUCUUCACAUAAAGGAACUGGAUUUGAAUCAGACGGAUGCCGAUGAGAGGACGUCCUCAGAUGUUCUUUGUUUUCAGCCAUCAGUGAUCAGUAACGCUCCGUGUGAGAGCUCACACGUAAAGUCACGACAUUCAAAAGCUCAUUGUCUGAAGUCAGAGAAAAAGAUCACCUCCGUUCACGCUAAACCUGAGGAGAAGGUGGAGGAGGUAAGCCCCUCUGAGAACCUGCCUUCAGAUCGCUCACUAUCAGCUGUCUCACAUGAAGAAGCGUCAUGUGAGGCGGGGGGUGUGACAUCUGAGGAAUCUGCACCUUUCUCAAUGUCUGAGGAAAAGUCUCCCCCCACAAAAAGGGAUGACUCAAGCCAUUUAUUUACCUCUCAGAAGACUGACAACAGCACUGUAGGCCCACCUCUGCAAAUAAAGAGUGACAGCGACAGCAAGGCUGAUCCACAGUCGUCUGACUCUGCGAGCUCACAGGAUCAAUGUGUGAGGAAGAGGGAGGUAAAGAACUCCACUGAGGACAAGACACAAGCUGUGGAGACCGGUUCAGUUUAUGUUGAAGCUGUCGCAGGCGCCUCAGAGGAAAGCAAUCAGCUCACAGCAGACAUGAAGCAGGAUCUUCAUACAACACUUAACUCAGAAAACAUUAUGCCAGAACAACCAGAUAGCAAACCUGGUGAAGAGAGAGGAGACACGGUCGUAAGGAGAGAUAAUUCCCAACGCACUUCCAGAUCUAGGCCGGUCUCCGAUCUCAUAAAGGAGUCUAUUCAGCUGCACGAGAAGCUGCAGCACCAGGAGCGACCCAAACCAGCCGAAGUGAAGUGUGAUGAGCAGGGCCAGUCGGUGAAGGUGGCUCAGAUGAAGGCCGCCUUCGACACAGCUCAGAAAUCCCCGGAGAAGGGAGUCGAGAGGAAGCCAUCGAUCAGAAAAGGUAAGAGUGAUAUCUGCUGUAAGAUUGUCAAAAUGCUCGAUACUUUGAUACUUUCCCAAUACAUCGUGUUUUAA